UAAUAAAGAUGGUGGUACUUUAGAGUUCACUUACACAGCCACUAAUGACAAUCUCAUAACUGGGGAGACAUUUGAACGAGUUAUCUAUGAAAAAUUCAAAAAUCUAUCAAUGUUUAAAAUUUGUUUUCCAUGCACUCCGUAUCUACUUUCUGGUGGAGAACUACUAUUUUCCAAUGGUAAUUAUGAUUCUUGGACUAUAAGAAUAGAGAAUAUGAAGCUCGAAGGGGGUACAAAAAUUGAAACUAUGAUAGAAGAAGAUUAUGAAUAUGUACAAUCCAAACCAGAUAUCAACAGACCAUUCCAGGUUGCACGUGUUGAAAAAUGGAAUCUUACAGGUGAUGGAGGAUAUGACAU